CAGGAACCCACGUGCGCUGUACGGGGGCUGCCAUUGAUCGCUGCUGUGAUCUCUCCGGUGUGCAGUAUGAGCUGUCAGAUUACCUGCGUGUCCUGGGUGCAGCGAGGGGUGGCCAAGGAAGUCCCCGAUAAGGUUCAACUGAACCAGGAAGAGCUAAACAAGCUGAUCACUGAAGCCAAGGAGCAGCUCGAGGAAGAACUUGAGGAUAAUGAAGAGGAAGCUGGGGAAGAAGGAGAGGAUGGGGUGGGCGACGCUGAGGAAGACACCACUCAGUCAGCUGAGGGGGAGGACGAGAACAUUUCUAAGCUGAAUGAUGACGAACUUGCAGAAUACGACUUGGACAAUUAUGAUGAAGAAGGGAAAACAGAUGUGGUGAACCUUGGAGACAGUCUUGCCGGCCUUGCAGUUUACUCCAGUAACGAGACUGAUGCUUACGUCACUUUAAAAGAUACAGAGCAGUAUGAAACCGAGGACUUUGUUAUUAGGUCCACAGAUAACCUUCUGGUGUGUGGGAGAGCAGAAAAGGAUCACUGUAAUCUUGAAAUCCACGUAUAUAACCAUGAGGAAGAUUCCUUCUACGUACAUCACGACAUUCUUUUACCAGCGUACCCUCUUUGCAUUGAGUGGCUGAACUUUGACCCAAGUCCCGAAGAGUCUACAGGAAACUAUGUAGCUGUUGGUAAUAUGACGCCCGUCAUUGACGUCUGGGACCUCGAUCUGGUUGACUGCUUAGAGCCCGUUUUUUCCCUGGGAAGCAAACAAAUGAAAAAGAAGAAAAAGAAAGGAAAGAAGGGGGCCUCAUCGCAGGAAACUCAGGAAGGCCAUUCUGAUGCCGUCCUGGAUCUUUCAUGGAAUAAACAAAUCCGAAAUGUGUUGGCGAGUGCCUCAGCAGAUAAUACAGUGCUACUUUGGGAUCUGUCCGUAGGUAAACCAGCUGCCAGCCUUACAAUGCACACAGACAAGGUUCAGACAUUACAGUUCCACCCCUUUGAGCCACAGACGCUGAUCUCUGGAUCAUUUGACAAGUCUGCAAUAUUGUACGACUGCAGGAGUCCCCAGGAAAACCACAGAACAUGGAGAUUUAGCGGACAAGUCGAACGAGUCACAUGGAACCAUUUUUCGCCCAGGAACUUUUUAGCCAGCACGGAGGACGGGUUUGUGUACUGCUUAGAUGCCCGGUCGGACAAGCCUCUCUUCACAUUAAAGGCUCACGACGGUGAGGUGUCUGGCCUGGAGUUGAGCAGUCAGGUGAAAGGGUGCUUAGUGACCUCUUCGGCUGAUAAACAUGUGAAGAUCUGGGACGUUUUACUGGACAAACCAAGUCUCGUUCAUUCCCGGGAUAUGAAAAUGGGCAUCCUGUUCUGCACAGCAUGCUGCCCAGACUUGCCCUUUUUGUAUGCAUUUGGGGGCCAGAAGGAUGGCCUGAGAGUAUGGGACAUCAGCACUAUUGCAGCUGUUAAAGAAGCCUUUGGUGGCAGAGAACGGCUAAUGGUGACCAACUUAUCCAGCCCUGCAUCAACCAGUGCAGUAGCUGCAGAAUCCAUGGAUUCUUAGGAACCCCACUUCUCCAUAGUCAAGACAACAUCAACCCCAUGUAACAUUUCUGAAGAUUUUCCAAAAUGGGAUUAGCAAGACGACCACCAAGUGGAUACUCUUCAACUUAUAUUGACUGGUUAAUAUGGCUUUUUACUCAUGGAUAUCCAGGACUGUAUUAUUUUGGAUGACUGUGCCCAUACUAAGCUUGUAUGCCAGAAGACCCCAAUUGUGCAUUGAUAAUAUUAAAGCAGGGCGGUUUCACUGGCCAAACUGUAUGUAGGCAAAAUAAAACAUUUUAAGAUCUAUCUUUAA